CUAACCCCAGCUGUGCAGAGCUCAUAAGCUGCAGCAGCUGUCUCUGUCCUCCAGAGGAAGAGCUGGAGUUUGGAGAGACGUGCGGACUGCGCUGAGAGCCGCCACCAUGCCGCGCACAGGCUUAAAUUAGGGACAAAGUUUUCUGGCAUUAUUCAGUUGUUAUCACCGCUCUCUGACAACAUGGAGUACUGGAGGCAGUGUGCUAUGUGGCUGAUCAGCUGCAACGUGCUGCCCCCGAACCACCGGGUGACUGCGGACAUGGCGCAGGUGUUCGACCUGGCGCAAACCCUGCGGGACGGGGUGCUGCUGUGCCAGCUGCUCAACAACUUGAAACCUCACACCAUCAACCUGAAGGAGAUCAAUCUCAGGCCACAGAUGUCGCAGUUCCUGUGCUUGAAGAACAUUCGCACAUUCUUAACGUCUUGCUGUGUGGUGUUUGGAAUGAAAAAAAGUGACUUAUUUGAAGCCUUCGAUCUCUUCGAUGUUCGAGAUUUUGGAAAGGUUAUGGACACGCUAUCGAAGCUGUCUAACACAGCAAUUGCACAGCAAGGAGGAUUUAAGCCAUUCCCAACCGAGGAAAGCCUAAAAGACGAGGACAUUUACAAUAAUCUGGAAGACUUGAUUGAUGAGAAUGCCCCAGAGGAUGAGGACGACUUGUAUGCGGCGGUCUAUGGGCUGGAAGAAGACUAUGCAGGUGGAGAAAUCUAUGAAGAUCUCAUGAGGACUGAACAGCAACCCCCAUUGAAGCAGGUGGAGGUAGAUGUCCGGAGCUGCUGCCUUACAGAGAUUAAACAGACGGAGGAGAAAUACACAGAGACCCUGGAGUCCAUCGAGAAGUAUUUUCUAAAUCCUCUGAAGAAAUUCUUCUCUACGGCUGAAAUUGAAAAAGUUUUUGUCAACAUACCAGACCUGGUUAAACUUCACAAGAGCCUGAUGGUUGAAGUGCAGGACUCCAUCCUAAACAAAAAUGCCUUAAAUCUCUACCAGAUUUUUAUCAGCUACAAAGAGAGACUGCUCAUUUAUGGGAUAUACUGCAGUCAGGUGGAGAUCGCCAUCGCUGUUUUAGACCUCAUUUGCAAAGAGAAAGAGGAUGUUCGUCUAAAACUGGAGGAGUGCUCAAAGAGAGCCAACAAUGGGAAGUUUACACUGAGGGACCUGCUGGUUGUCCCAAUGCAGAGAGUCCUCAAGUACCAUCUACUUCUUCAGGAGCUAGUCAAACACACUCACGAUGCUGCUGACAAGAGCAACUUGAAGAUCGCUCUUGAUGCCAUGAAAGACCUGGCUCAGUAUGUCAACGAGGUGAAGAGAGAUAAUGAGACUCUAAGGGAGAUCGACCAGUACCAGAGGUCUAUUGAAAACCUGAAUCAGCCUCUAAUCAGCUAUGGUCGACCAAAAGGUGACGGAGAAGUGCGCAUAGUCUCCAGUGUUGACAAGAGGAAACAAGACAGACACAUCUUUUUAUUUGAUGUGGCUGCCAUUGUUUGCAAGCGAAGAGGAGACAACUAUGAGAUGAAGGACAUACUCGACCUCAACUUCUUCAAGAUCACAAACAACCCAACCUCGGACAGAGAGAGUAAAAAGUGGUGCUACGGGUUCUACGUGACUCAUCAGCAGGGGCACACAGGCUUUGAACUCUUUUUUAAGACCAGAGAGCUGAAGAAGAAGUGGUUGGAUCAGUUUGAAAUGGCCAUGUCAAAUAUCCGACCAGAGAAAGCCAACCACAACUCCCAUCAGUUCAAGAUGCACACCUUUGAAAGGAUCACUUCCUGUAGUUUUUGUCAUCUCUUGCUCAGGGGCAUCUUUAACCAGGGUUAUCUCUGUCAAAAAUGCGGGCUGGGGGCUCAUAAGGAGUGUCUGGGUCGACUGGGAGUCUGUGGGAGAACAGAUUCUGCCAAGCCGAAGCCCAAGGAAAGCACAACACCACCAGACCCAGGUUUACCCAGGAUGAUUGUCAUCAAAGACUACAGUGGCAUUCCCUGUCCCCAGUGUGGGCCCCCGCUAAGCAUUCAUGCGGGGGAUGUCAUUGAACUGAUAUUUGCCGACCUGCACAGCUCCUGGUGGCAGGGCAAAAUUCUGGCGACAAGCAAGAUUGGCUUCUUUCCAAGUGACGCUGUGAGGCCUUGCCCAUGUGUUCCAAAACCUGUCGAUUACUCUGCCCAGCUCUGGUUUGCAGGGCCAAUGGAGAGAUAUCAGGCUGAGGUGGAGCUCUUGGACCGAGGAAACAGCACCUAUCUGGUUCGACACAGGAGUAAAGAGUGCACUGAAUACGCCAUCAGUAUAAAGUUCAACGACAAAGUCAAGCACAUUAAGAUUCUGACCAAGGAUUGCUGUUUUUACAUCGCUGAGAGCCGCCUGUUCAAGACUGUGCUGGACUUGGUGGAAUACUACAAGCAGCACUCUCUGAAGGAGGGUUUCAGCAGUCUUGACACCACUCUGCAGGUUCCCUAUAGGGAACUGUCCAAUGGAAACAUACCCAGGGCCAUUACCAAGGCUGGCAAUGUGUUUUCUCCCAGGGUGGUGGGUAUUGCAGUAGCACGCUAUGACUUCUGCUCCAGAGACACACGAGAGCUCUCCCUGCUUCAGGGAGACAUUAUCACGAUCUACUCGAAGAUGUCCAAUGGGUGGUGGAAGGGAGAGAUCGACGGCAGGGUAGGUCUACUGUGGGCUGGUUUCCCUCUACUUACGUGGAAGAGGAGGAGUGACUUUUCCGGAUGAAUGACAUCUAUUCGGCAUCCAUUCAAAGUUGACCACCUCCAGUGAGAGCCAUGCUGCUUAGCUGCUCUCUGUGCCCUGCAAGCCAGAUCUCUUAGAUAAAACCCAGAGACUCUGACUUAAGAGGAAGCGGCAGUGCCCCCAAAAACCUUCUUCUGCCCUCUGACAGACUCUCACACAGAGCAGAUGUCAAAUCACAGAUUCCAGGAGCGCCACUCCAUAUCUCGCCUUUCUGCGGCCUGUCUGCCCCUGCGGCCCUAUGGGAAGUGCAUGUGCUGUGCCCAGAUAACCCUCCCUCCUCCCUUCCUGCUCACCUCGUCUUAUUAUUGAUGACUCCAUUGGCUGGUGUGAGACUUGCCUUAACUGUCAUCAUGUUUCAAUACCAGGAAGGCUCAGUCACCCAACUGGAACAUAGAUCCCGCUGACAGCGCACACCCAGGUACUCGUACCAAAUUUAAAUGCAGAUGCUGAGGAGCUUUGACUGUUGGAACACUAUUGCCCUCUUGGCUGUUCUGACGUUUGUGUUCAACUUUCUUUCUAAAACCCAUUUUAUUUUUGAAAUUUUAAAUUACUGGACUGAUAUAAAAUAUGUGAUAUUUAAAUGCAAUUGCUGAAACGGGAUUUGAUGCCGUUUUAAAAAAGGAUGGAGUGAUUUCAGCACCACAGCGUGGAGGAUUGAUCUGUCAUUUACAUGUGAUGUGUUUGCACUUUUAUGACUAUUAGUCUUGCAAAGUCAGAAGUAAUUUCAUCAUAUCAUGACAGGUAAACACAUCUGGAGACAAAGCAGUUGAUAAUGUGGUUGUGGAAGGCGCUGUUUUCCAGUCUGUAUGCUAAGCUAAACUAACAGUUUGCUGGCUGUAGCUUCAUAUGUUGUGGACAGACAUGAAAGUGGUACGAAGUCCUCUCAUCUAACUCUUGUCAUGAAAGCGAAUAAACCUAUUUCGCAAUAGAUUGAAGUAUUCAUUUAAGCCAAAACUGACCACAAUUACGGCUGGCCCCGUGAGUGAAUAUGGUGAAUCAUCAAAAGGAAGAAGCAACUCAUACUUUCAUGAUGUUUCACAAUGUUCCCAUUUAAUGGCACUGAAGGGGGAAAAAAUAUGCCCAGUUCUCAUGUUUGGAUUCAGACAUGUGAAGUCAUCAAAGAGACAAAAUAUGCACAAAAGGAUUUACAAAGCCAAUAUAAGUUUUAAAAGUGCAUGUGUUGUCUAUACUUCACAGAGAGCUCCUUCAUCUUUUGAUCAGUCACUGUGAGCCCCUUUACAAUCCACACAUUUUGUGUUUACCUCAACUCUUUCUGGUUUCAGAAUGAAUGAUUCAAGGAUGAUGUAACAGCUGUUCACUGUAGAGCAAGGUGGCACAAGGGCGUUAAAUGAUGCUGUUUUCCUUCAAACGUUAACAUCCCGCUAACCAUGUGUGUGACAUCAAUAUUUAAUAAAAGCAUACUCUUUGAAUGGUA